GGAGUGUGCAAGGUUUUAUUUCACAUUAGUUUUCAUGAAUGUCAAAAAAACGAAACAACUACUAAAAUAGUUUUAAAUCAAAAGCAAACAAAUCAUUCUGGAACUUAGGCCAAUCUAUCGCCAUCACGCAAAUAUUAGGAUGUACUGUAUGCUUACCUCAGCUGGUCAGGUGUGGAUAUAAUAAAUCAGCAAUUUUAACUUUUUUGACCGCAUGGUAUGUGAUUCUAAGAUGACAAUUCCAGAAUUCAAGGGUCCCAGAUGGAGACACGAGUCCAGACUCCUGACCUUAGCCUCACUGACUGUCUUUGAGUGAUAGAAAUGGAAAGAUGUGGGUUGACUUGACACAGAAAAAAAGAUGCAGAAGAUGUGACCCAGCUGAGACAGCAUUGACACUGGACUCACUUCUUGGACUUGGUCAGCACUUUGGCUGCGCUGUCAACAGUGGAUUCGGGGUACAGUCGUCCCGUUCAGGGUACAGUCAGUUCGAACAUCUAUCGUUGUUUUUCAGAAAUCGAUGAAUGAAUAAAUGGUGCUGUUUCGUGGUUGAAUAUGGUCUAUUUGUACUGCAAAACAUACUUAAUCAAAUUGUACGUAUUCAUGGCCUAAAUUAAGCAUUUUAAAUUAAGCAUAAAAAUGGCAGAAUGAACGAAAAUACAAAUAUAAGGCAUUCAAAAGACAUGCUGUGACACUUGUGUAUGUGCCUUUAAGAGGCGGGGCCUGGGACGUGACGUGUGUGACAUCAGCUAGCUUCAGUUGACUGUGAGCUGAGCGCUAGCAGCAAAUGAGCAAUGUAGAGAUUGGGCAACAGCAGCCCCCGUGUGAAUGAGCGCUGCAUGUGUUCUCUGCUUGUUAAUAAAGCGAUUGUAGUGCAUCGUGAUCGCUAUUCACAAACAGCGGCAGUACAACAGUAUUGUACACUGUUCUCUAGGUGUCAGUAACAUUACAUUGAUGAGACAAUAGCCACUGCAUCGAAUUAUAUUGUUAGAUUCCAAUUGAACGUAAUUACAACAAUCUGAGUUUGAUUGUCACACAAAAAUCUAUUGCUAAAAAAACAACUGUGAAGACCGAAAACAAUAUGUUGCUGAUUAACCUUUUUUUGUCUUUGCUUCUGCUUCCACUUUGUGCCACCGUGGGACCUCCUGAUGAUGUCCGAAAUUCCUAAUCUGUGGUCACCAUGACAACAGACGAAGCAGAGAGUCACCAGAAGAAGCCAAGGCAGCAGGAGGAGGCUGGCCAGGAAGCCAAGCCAUCCUCUCCAGAGGAGGAGAACCUCCGGCCUGGCGUCCGCACCUCUGCUGGCCGUGGCCUCUCCCGCCUCUUCUCGUCCUUCCUGAAGAGACAUUCGCAGUGUGAGAGCGAGGGCGGGGAGAAGGAGGAAAAGGACAAAGAAGAAGCCAAAGCUCCCAUUGCUGACCCCGAGCCUGAGCUGAAGAUAGACGGAGAGGUGGCCCACGACCAGCACUCAGUCAGCAGUGCUGAGGCCCAGGCUGCCCAGGUAGAGAAGAAAGAAGCUGAGGGGGAGGAGGAGAAGGUAGAGGCUGGGAAAGACAAAGAGAUCGACAAGGAGAAAGCAGAGGUCUCCACCCUGGAGAGGGAGGAGGACAACAAGAUUGAGGAGGAGACGGAGAAGGCGAAGGAGGGUGGCUCUGAGGGCGGCAGUAACGGAGACAAAGAAGAGAAGGCCACAGAGGAGGAGCCUAAAAUUCCCAAAACUCCACGUCGCCCCAAAACCAUGCAGAUUAAAGUCACCCUGCUGGACGACACUCUGUAUGAGUGUGAGCUGGAUAAACACGCCAAAGGCCAGGACCUGUUCACGAAAGUAUCCGACCACCUUAAUCUGCUGGAGAGAGACUAUUAUGGUCUGGUCAUCUGGGAGAUGCCCAACGUGAAGACCUGGAUGGACCUGACCAAGGAGAUCCGCAGGCAGGUGCAGGGUGCCGACUAUAAUUUCACAUUCAAUGUGAAAUUCUAUCCGCCGGAUCCAGCCCAGCUGUCUGAAGACAUCACAAGGUACUACCUGUGUCUGCAGCUGCGUAAGGACAUCCUGCAAGGGCGUCUGCCCUGCUCCUUCGUCACCUUGGCCCUGCUGGGCUCCUACGCGCUGCAGUCAGAACUGGGCGAGUAUGACCCCGAGGUGCAUGGCAGUGACUAUACUAAGGAGAUGAAGAUGGCUAAUGGACAGACAAAGGAGCUUGAAGACAAGAUGAUGGAGCUGCACCGCACUUACAGGUCAAUGAGUCCAGCUCAGGCCGACAUGAUGUUCCUCGAGAACGCAAAGAAGCUGUCCAUGUAUGGAGUUGACCUCCACCAGGCCAAGGAUCUAGAUGGUGUGGACAUCACGCUGGGAGUUUGCUCCAAUGGACUCAUGGUUUAUAAGGACAAACUGAGGAUCAACCGUUUUCCCUGGCCCAAAGUCUUGAAGGUGUCAUACAAGCGCAGCAGCUUCUUCAUCAAAAUACGCCCAUCGGAGGUUGAACAGUAUGAGAGCGCUAUUGGCUUUAAACUUCCCAAUUACAAAGCAGCCAAGAAGCUGUGGAAAGUGUGCGUAGAACAUCACACCUUCUUCAGGCUCACAUCCACUGAGAUGGUCACCACUCCCAGGAAGUUCUUGGCAUUGGGCUCGAAAUUUCGCUACAGUGGUCGAACGCAGGCUCAGACCAAACAAGCCAGCUCUCUCAUCGACAGACCAGCUCCUCUUUUCCAGCGCUCUUCCAGCAAGAGGAACUCUCGCAGCAUGGAUGGAGCCAUGGCGUCCACUCCGGACAACAAAUCAAGCCGCCCAGUGAGCGCGCCCAUCAUGUCGCCUGUGUGUCCUGGGGAGAACACGCCAUCCCCGCUGCUGCACAACCUUCAUCUCGCCACGCGCAGCAACAGCUCAACACCCAAGUUCCACCGCUCUGUAGACAGGAAGGCAGAGAUCAAGGGAUCCACUAAAAGUCAGAGCCCCAAACCUGAGUCCACUCCAGAAAUCAAGACAUUGGCCAGAAGAGAACGGAGGCAUUCACCCUCUGUGACCAAGACCAACGGGGAACGAGAGAAAAAGAGCCAGCACUCUCCUCAGGACAAAACAAAGAUGGAGAUGAUGCGAGUGAGGAAGAAACGAGCUAAGAAACUUGAGGGUGAAACUAUUUAUAUCAGACAUAGCAAUUUGAUGUUGGAGGACGUGGAUAAGACCCAAACAGAGAUCAUGCGUCACCACACAAGCAUCAGUGAGCUGAAGAGGAGUUUCAUGGAGUCGGUACCUGAACCUCGACCCAGCGAGUGGGACAAGCGCCUUUCCACCAACUCGCCUUUUCGCACGGCAAACGUCAACGGCCAGCUACAACCAGCGUCUCCAGUGUUGAAGACCCAGACAAUCACCAUCUCAGAUGUCACCAACUCUCUGAGAGGAACUGUGGCCUACAAGGACAUCCCCUUAGUUCACACUGAGACCAAGACCAUUACAUAUGAGUCAGCACAGGUUUCUCUCCCACAGCCGGUGGACACCUUGGGAGACCGGGACUCAGGAGUGCUGCUGAGUGCCCAGACCAUCACAUCUGAGACCAUCAGCACAACCACCACUACCCAGAUCACCAAGACCGUCAAGGGAGGAAUCUCAGAGACUCGCAUAGAGAAGAGGAUCGUCAUAACUGGAGACACUGAAAUUGAUCAUGAUAAGGCUUUGGCUCAGGCUAUUAAAGAAGCAAAAGAACAACACCCAGAUAUGUCAGUCACCAAAGUGGUUGUCCACCAGGAAACAGAGAUUUCUCCCGAGUAAGACAAGAAGGUUUGGAAGCCGCCCACUUCGCCCCCGUCCGCACCCACUUUUUACCUCAGAGCUCUGAGCCAACCCCAACAAGCACUGCCUUUGAUAGAAAUCAGCAGGCCACACCAGAGGGACUAACUUGCGCCGCUGGACUAUGAACUUUAACCUUUGCGAAGGUGGAGUUCAGUCUGAAGGAGACAGACGGAAAAUUCCCAAGAAUCUUCUCCGUUCCCUGUCCUGUUCCACUUACUGCCAAAACAUCAACCAAUGGACAAUGUUCAAGUUUUUUAAAAGAAAGAAUAAAAAAAAAAAGAAAAAGUACAGCAGUUGUGAAAUAACACAUCUCCGAUUUGGAGGUUUUUAGAAAUUUUUCAAAAGGGCAUUUGGUCUUUUAAAUCUUUAAGAUGACUGUACUUUAUUUUUCUACAGCUUUUCUUACCAACGAUUGGUUAUCAACAAUGUGGAGUUUUUAAGCAACGUGGUCAAACAGCAUCAACACACACAGGGAAUGUGGGGGGGUUUCUUGGGAUUGUACACAUCAAGACUCAACGUUCCAUUCCCAUUUGUACAGUCAGUGUUUGAUUUCCCCUUUCAAUGUGAAGAAGUAUUUUUUUCAAUCGAUGUGGAAAAACAUCCUUUCGCUCACCUUAUUUAAUUACUUGUUAAACUCAUUGUUUAGCUGUUGUUGUUGUUGUUGUUGUUGUGCUUGUGACUAAGGAGAUCUUGGCAUUACAGUAGGAGCAUACGUUCUGUUUUUACCGUACCUUCAUUGUUUUCUAUCAGCAGCAUUCAACAGGUGUGGUCCUACUAAGAGUGGCAGUACUGUAGUAUCCGGUGAUAGUACGCGUACACAAUAAAAUGUGUUGAACUGGCAUCGUCGCUAAUUUCAUUUUACCCUGCUCUAGGCCCGGUUAGCGUGUUUGUCGGAAAUUUACGCCGCAAUUUUGCCUCGGUUUGCAUACAUUUUCCCUUUAGCGUGCAAUAUUGCGUGUGACUCGUGAGUCCAACUGUGUUCUUGAUGUAUUUUUAUCACAAAACAUCUUUGUUAGCAUCCUAUUAGCUUGCUAAGACAGUGGAACCUUGGAUAGCAUCCACCCCGGUUACCAUGUUUUUAGUCAACGUCGGCAAAAUUUUGCUACUGUUUACGUACAUUUUCCGAUUAGCGUACAAUACGGCGGCCGUCUUGUCGUGUUAUUAAAACACUGCAUGAGUCCAGCUGUGUUCUUAAUGUAUUUUUGGCCCAAAACAUCCUUAGCCUAUAACAGAGAAGCUAGCUUGCUAACAAAGUGGCAACCGUCUAUGACGUUAUCUGCGGUUGACUCCCAAAAAUGUUAACACAAAACACGUUUUUAUAGUUUUACGUGCAAAAAAACAAUUCCAAAUGCAUAUAAAUGACAAAUGAAAGGGAUAAAUGAACAUUUAAGGUUACUUUUACCUUCAAUGAAGACGUGAUUCUCGAUGUGAGUGUUCCCAAAGACACGAUGCGGCAGCGAGACACAACACGGACAUCAAGACAUUUUGUCAUGAGUUAUUAGGCAAAGGCAAGUUUAUUGAUACUUAAAAAUCAUUCUAAAAUCAUUCCAUAAAACCAAAAAGUCUAAGAAUGGAGAAGGCAGGUAAAACACUUUCAGUUGUCGUAUGCACAGUUGAAUCGAAAUGUUAUCAGCUUGGAUUUGAACAUUGAAGUUGCACAUUUUCUGGAAGAUUGUUCCAGAUUUUGGUAGCACAAAACUGAAACGCAGCCUCGCUGUUUUUAGUUUACUUGAAUUAAUUUCAGCUCAGUAGUGUUUCUCACCUUCUUUAUCGAAAUGCUGGCACUUCUUUGGCUCCAUUUUGGGUUAUUGAGGUGAGAAACCCUAUUGAAUUCAAGAAAUGACUCACGGCAAAACAGGAAGGUGGUGUUUUUGUGGUGUCACGCUGCCACAUUGUGUCUUUGUCAACAAUCACAUCUUCAGUGAACGUAAAAGUAACCUUAAAUGUUCAUGUAUCCCUUUCAUUCAUCAUUUAUAUGCAUUUAGAAUUGUUUACUGCAUGUAAAACUAUAACUGUAAAACUAUAAAAACACAUUUUUGGCUUUCUGGAAUGGAUUCAUUGGAUUAUUUCGUAUAGGAAAAAAUGUAAAGUAGACGCUAACCAGGGUUCCACUGUACUGCGAUCAUUAAUAGAGUGCGACCUCGAAAUACCAUCUUCUGUCCCUCAUGUCUGUCCUCUUCUAUUUUGACCACUCACAAAUGGAUGAGCUCAUUUAACAGUAGAAGAAACAAAAAUAGGAAGAAAAAAAAUGCAAAAAAAACUAUUUUCUUUGACCACUCAAAAUAUGUUUUACAUUUUAAUGCGUUUUUACAAAAAGUUAUGAUUGCAACUUUGGGCCUGCAUGGGAGCAGAAUUCAUUUGCAUUCACAGUCCCAACAAAUAGAAGGGUUUAUUUGCAGUGUACAUUCCUUAAAAAUCACUGUAGCAGUAAAUAUCCUGAACAAUAACCACACAAGCCCUAUUUUUAUGAUUCAUAAUCCAUUCAGCUUGUAAAAAAACUGAAAGAAAACUUAGCAUACACAUAAUAUGCUGGAAACGUGUACAGUAAUCCCUCGCCACUUUGCACUUCGAAUUGUGCGCCUUCACGCUAUCACGUUAUGUUAUUAAUGAAUAAAUUAAGCUGUUUCGUGGUUGAAUACGGCCUAUUAUUAGUCAAAAAAAUAUUCAUUUUUAAACACAUUUUACAUAUUUUUGCCUAAACUAGGCAUUUUCAGGCUUAAAAUGGCUAAGUGAAUUAAAGUACAAAUAAAAGGCAUUCAGAAGACUCAAAGACGUGAUGAUAUGUAGUAUUCUACACUGGUCACUAGGUGUCAGUAAUGUUACAUUGAUGGGACAACAGCCACCGCAGGAAGUACUGUACAGAAACUCUCCCAAUGCUACAUUAUGUCUUGCUUAUGUCUCAUUGUCUUAUUAUAGCUGCAAUAUUGGGUAUUAGGAGUGUAAGGGUGACUAUAGGGGUGUUAAUUCAUGUCUGGAGGGCUCUAAUAAUGUUAAAAAACGUAUUUAGACGGCCGUGAACAGGUUUUCUAUGCCAUAAACUACAAAAAUAUUUCAUUUAUAACCUACUUUCGCUUAAUUCACUAAGGAUGAGAAUGUCUUGUUGGUGCUUUAUCCAUGUUGUACUGAGCAGCCAGGACAGAGACAUGCUAGCUGAUGAUUGGAGUUUGUUGUGAAGCAUUUUAGACGCACUUUGGAGGUUCCACUGUGUGUAAUGCACUUCCUAAAACACAUGACGUAGCCGUGAUAUAUAAACACGUUUACCAAAAGCCUGAAUAGUAAUUCCUUUUUGUUCGAAGUAGCUGUUUUACCGUUGUGCACGUUACCAGACUGCAACAAAGUCAGCCAGAUAUCCAGACGGUGUAAUGGAAGAUGAACUAACAGGUGAGCGUAGACUUCUGAAAGGACGAUUCAACUCAAGGAACCUCAGUUAGCACAGGCAUCAUCGCUUUGCCUUCACGCUUCAUUUUCCAUGUAUAUGUGUAACUACAUCUGCAAAUACCAGGUAUUUUUUGAAUUCUAAAAAUUGAUAUUUUUGUAAGAACGUAUCGCAGCCUUAGAUGCUGUUUUCACCUCGAAUUGAACCUGCUGGUUACUAUUGUGGGGGCAAAAUAGUAGAAGUGCAGUAUGUAUAUUGUUCUGUACGUCACGCUGAUUGUAAAGUCGUCAACAAAGGGAGUAUUUAUACAUCUUUUUGCAAGGUUUGUCAUGUUUAAAGGUACGACGCGUGGUCAUGCUCGAUCCUUUUGCUGAUAUCACCCAAAUGUAUUUUUCACGCCAUCCUUUUGUACAGACGCCGGCAGGUGCAUCUUUGUGAUCCAACGAUUCAUUCGUGUAUUGCAUGCAUGCAAUCAAACUUACACUGCAUUCAAACAAUAGGAAUAAUUCAUUGAAGAGACUACUUAAACAACCUCUCCCUAGGUACGUACUCUUAACACUAUUUAGUUUGGCCUGUGUAAUCCUGUCGGGCAAAUGUCCAACAUGAUGGAAUAUUCUGUAUAGUUCUCCAAGAGGUCGUAGAUUGUUGAGUAUGCUGUUGUCUCUAUCGUGGCGCUCAAGCAACAUUUCUAUGUUCUUUGUUAAUUGUAUGUCCUCACCAUCACAGGGACAUGUAGUAGAAGAGCAACACGCAUUGAAUAAAAUGUAUUUUAUCCUG